CGGUGUCCGCCGCGCCGCCUCCGCGCAGGGCCCGGUUUCGGCCGCCCGGUCAGAUGGACGAACGGAGCUAUUCGGACGGCCUCGCUCCGAUCGAGGCCGUCUCGCAUAGCUCACCCGUCGCUGGACCGGGGCCGGGCCGCGGACCUCUCCUGAAUCUUCCUCGAAGAUUACCAGUUGCCAAACACACAUCUGCAGUGUGAAACCUACCCUGUCCAAGAAACAGAAGGCUCUGUCUUUCCAGCUUUCUGUUAGAGGCCAAUGGUCCAUGUGGCCCGCAUUUGCAGCCGGCCAGACAGUCCUAAGGAAUCACAAACCCUGCAGUGCCCCAGAGGAGAGAACACCUGGCAAUGAACGGACCCUUCUCACCAUUCCAAAGCCACAUCACCUGGAACAACUGGAGUCUUACUUAAGGAAAGAGCUGCAGACUCUUGCCCUGACUAAAGGGAUCUCCCAAGAACUGAAGCUGCAGCCCUACAGAGAGAUCUUUGAAUUCUUCAUAGAUAACUUCAAGACCUACAAGCCCUUGCUGUCAGCUAUAAAGAAUGAGUAUGAAGCCACAUUGGCUCAUCAGAAGGAGACAAUCCGUGCCCUAGAGCCCUUGAAGGCCAUGGUCACCACUGUGUCUGAGGAGUGCACCCAGCAGAUAUUAGCACUGCAGGAAAAGGAGAAAGUGGAAAUAAAUACUUUAAAGCAAGAGAAACAUCAUUUGUUAAAGUUUAUUGACAACAUGAAGGAAGAGAAGAGUUGUCUUCAGACUCAGGUGGAGCACCUGCAGAUGAGUGUAGCUGAGGAGUACACACGCUACCUCCAGGAGUACGGCGCCCGCAAACUGCUUGUAGCAAAACUGAAUGAGAUGCACAACGAGCAGCUGGAUGUGAAACAGCACCAGGUCCAAGGUGGUGAAAAGGGUGAAGAUGUGGUGAAGCUCACUCUGGCACUGAAGAUGGCUCGGCAGGACCUCACAAAAGCCCAAGUGAAGCUGAAUGCAAUGACAGCAGAGUAUGGAGAUGUUGUGCCUAGGAGAGAUUUUGAAUCACUGGAGAAGAAAUACUCUGACUUACUUCAGGAGAUGAAGACUCUGAGGAAGGAUUUUGAGCAGCUCCACGAGGAGUAUGGAACACUGCUGGAAAUCCACCAAGAGACUGCAGAAGAGCGAGACAGCUUCUACAGCCAACUGCAAGAAGCUGAACGCAGCCACACGCCCCGGCCCAACUGGGCAAAGUGUUCAGAAGUGAUUCCUGGCGGAGUGGAGCGGUGGGGCCGUCUGGCCGAGGGGAAGAGCAGCAAUCAGCUGGUGGAUGUGCUUCUGGAGGAAAUAGGAACAGCAGUGCUAAAAGAGAUGAAUGUCUUCCAUGGAUGGGGCAAAAGUGACAAGGUUCCUGUGUACCUGAGGUAUGAAGGUGAAGUCAAGAACAAAAAGCCAACUAAGAAGGAUGUGGUGAACAUCCUGAAGGACAUCUGGAAAGAGAAAAUUGCACUAGAUCAGCAGACAGGAAAGCGUUCCAGUCUUCCUGAGUUCUUUCUCAGCUACCUCCAGAAGAAGUAUGGAGAUGCCUCUGCUAUGGAAUGGUCUUACAGUCUGUAUGAGUACAUGAGACUCUGCCCCUCAAACCACGUCAUGAGCUCAUUCUAUGAGAUACUCACUGGAAAGGUAGCUGAAGAGCAAUAUCACGACCAGAAUCAGCUGAUUUCUGACCUGCAGAAGCAGCUGGCUGCCUGUGACAGCUCCAGCAAUGGGUCCCUGCCCAGCAAGCAGUUCAGAAUGGCUCUGAGGGAGGCUUUUCCUCUGAAAAGAAGAGAUGCAAUCCAAGAGCUGGUUGAUGCAAGCAGGUUUAAUCUGGACAGUGAUGAAGACCUCAUUGACUACACAUCCUUAUUCGAAGAAGAUGAAGAGGGGAACCCUGAACCUUUUGUUGCAAAGCUCAGGAGCCAGUAUGUCAGUGAGAAGCAGGAGUACCUGCAAGAGCUAAAGAAGAGCCUGGGAGAUGUAACAGAAGUGGAUGCCGAUGAUCUGAAGGCAGCUUUCUGCAGGAUUGAUCCCAAGAUCAAUGAUCAGAUGCUAGAUGCCUACAUCAGCCUGGCUUACCAGGUCAAAAGAGAACAGCCUGACCAAGAAGUUGUGCCUGUGGACACCGUGCUGGAGAGACUCCGUGUUGGAGACGUGAGACGAGUAGGGCCCUCACCCAGGAAAGAAAGCACAACAGACUCUGAAGGAGAGUAAGGAAGCUUCCCACGUUAAGAAUAAAAAGCCUGUUUGAUCUGCAGUUUUGGAUACAGAGCUGAGUCAGAGCUACUGCACUAAAUACCACUUUUAAUGCAUGUAGAGACACACACAGUCACUAACUGUUGAGAGGAUAGGCUAAUUUGAACUGUCCUGGAAAAACAGAUUGCAUUUGUGAACUGGAGAGACAUCAUAGCCCACAUGACAGAAUAAGUACCAUCAGGUGUAUGAAGCCCCUGCAAUUUCUGCCUUGAUUACUGAAAUUGGUGUUGCCUACCUCCAGCAUAAGUUGCUAAGUGUCAGGAAAGGAAAUACAAAAGCACUGAAAAAGCAGAUGCAUCAUCUAACUAGGAAUCAGGUGUCCUAACUGCACGUAUCUCUGGGAGAAGUUCUGAAAACAGAAGAUUUAACACAGCAAAAUUCAGAAUAGCUGGAAGGAAGAGGGCAUUAAAACACAGAAGAUAUGUUUGGUAGAUGAACUUCAGAUUUGCAAAGCUCUCCAGGAGAGCAUCUAAUGGAAAGGCAAGGAAAGCACUGCACUACCGAAAGCAGGAUUCACUUGUUUUGCUUCACCCUGAGCAAUAUAGAUUCCAAAAAGUUAAAUGCAUUGCCCUGUAAGCAGCAGUUCUUUCUUUCACCCUUCCAGUUUCAUUGGUAGGACUUGAAAGAUAGCAAUCUAUCCCUCCAAGCCUUCAGUUUAGUUUACUAGAGCAACUAGAACACCUCUCAACAGAAGAGAGAAUGGAUCAGAAAUCCUACCUUGUCCUCCCUCAGCAGGAACUAGGAGGCUCUCUCUAGUCUCUUUUGAAGUGCUCUUAGAAAGAGGAUUCUCACAGCACUUCAGCAGAAAGAAGCUGGAAGCUCUGUUAUUACUUCAGACCAAAAUUUUCAAACCCUGGCAUGCAAAGAUGUGAGGGUGCACUAAAAAAACUGCAUAAAACACAUUUGUAAAAGGACAAAUACUAUGUCAGUUAACAAAGCUGUUUCCUUUCAAAUACUGGAGAGGAAAAAAAGCCCAUAAUACUGGAAUUACUUUUUUUAAACGUGAAAAUGACUGACCUUUGUAUUGGCAACUGCCUGUCAAAAUAACUCACUCACUGGCCUUCAUUUCCUAGUGCUGUGCAGAAUUGGUUUAACUUGUAAGCACUGCUGCCAAAAGCCAGGUAUGAUUUCCAGGAGUCCUCAUUAACUGCACCAUUUCAGACCUUUGGGAAGCUACACUGUACUUUUCAGUAAGGAACUCUUCCUCACAGAUCCAAGAAUACAGAAAACUGUAUUUUGUGGCUUUAGAACAUUCCUAAACUGCAAAGAAGAAAAAAGAAAAAGCAGUUACUCCACUCCUUUAGUCUGCAGUUUUCUUUCUUUAGUUUGGCUGAGCUGUGGCUGACCCCAGCUGGAAGCACCAGCCCUGUUCUGCCCCACUCUGACUCGAGGGGACUGCAAAGCAGCAGCCCUGAGCCACCCCUUCUCCACAGACUAAUUAAUCAGUUUAAAGACUGAUGAGGAAGGAACAGAUUUUUUCUUUCCCUGAAAAUAAGCAAGCACUUCAAUUGCCUUACCUUGGGAACUGCAAACUGGCUAAGUGGAAAGGAAGCAUGGUAGCAUGUCAGACUGGGAAACACAGAACAGCAUUACAGAUGAAUGAUAUCCAAGGCAAAGUUUUAUGUCUGUUCUUCUGAAAACUGUGUCAUCCUUCCCCAGCUUGUGAACUGUUUUAGAAAGCCAUCAUUCUUUGCUCCUUACAAACCCUCUGACGUGGCUGACCUUCCUCCUGGUGCAGCUUAGGCUCACUGUAAGCAGUAAAACCACAGACAAGCAUUUCACUCAUUCUCUCCCUUACCUGAAGGGCACAAGGGUUUAUUUGGCACCACGGUUGGCAUCAGGAAACACCUGCAGAAAUGCAGCCCUCAUCUCUGAGCAUGUGUUUUAGAAAUAAAGGGAGGGCCCAAACACAAAGCAUGGUGUGUUAUUAUUAGCUCUAUCUCAGCCAGCCACCACCUCACUCCCACUCUUUGAAAGGAAAAGACCAGGGUAAAGAUCACACACAACUUACCAUCAGGGGCAAAACAGCCUAGACUUGGGGAAAAUUAUUGACAAUUACUUGAGAGAUGAGAAAGAAACAAAACUAAAAGACACCUUUCUCCCAUUCUCCUCUUCUUCCAAAGCUCUAAGUCACUCCUUCAUUCUCAAACUCUCCUACUCCCUUCCCACUCCAUACAGCACAGGAAGGUGGGGAACACAGGCUGCCAUCAGCCUCUAACACUUCAUCUCUGCUGCUCCUUCCUCCCUGCUCUGCCCAGUGAUGUUGUGCUCCAUGUGGUGCCCUCGGGCUGCAGGGGGACAGCCUGCUCCACCAUGGGCCUCUCCUGAGCUGUAGGGAACUUCUACUCUGCUCCCAGAGCAUCUCUUGCCCUCCUUCUGCACUGCCCUUGGGGUCUGCAGGAUUGUCUCUCUCACAUUUUCCUCAUCACUCCCUCACACACCUGCUGUGCAGCACUUUUUACCAUUUCUUAUGUUAGCACUGAUGUGCAUUGCAGAAGGGUUCCAAUUUAGCCAGUGGUGGCUCUAUUUCAGAACAGGCUGUCUGACACAAGGGUACCCCUACAGUGCCCAUGUUACCAAAACUUUGCCACGUAAACCAAAUUUACACAAUUAAGUCCAUUUACCACAUCUGAGCUAGAAAAUUUAACCUCUCAGAUGGUCUUCAAUUACUGCUUGUUAACUCCCCAUCAGCUGUUGCCACAGAUAAACUAUGACCUGCUCUUGACAUCGUAGACCAGGUUUGCAAAGUAGGACAAGAUCCCAAGCUUCAAAGUUCCUGAUCUAGAAAAAAAAUACACAGCUG